AACGUCAUUAAUUAAAAACGUCUCGUCGUUCGUCGCUUUUCAGAUUUUGUAGAAUUUUCGCGAAAGGUGUAAUAAAUUGUCAUUUAUCAUUUAAGUACCCUUCGACUACAUUUUGUUUAACUUAUUACGGGAUCAAUUGAGAUUUACAGUAAACAAUGAAGAAGGCAGUGUGUAUUUUACACGGCGAUGUAACCGGCACAGUUUACUUCGAUCAAAAGGAGGAGAAAGGUCCAGUUACAGUAUCUGGUGAAGUUAAAGGACUCUCAAAGGGCAAGCAUGGUUUCCACGUGCACGAGUUCGGCGACAAUACGAAUGGCUGCACGUCCGCAGGCCCGCACUUUAACCCGGACAAGUGCGAUCACGGCGCACCUACCGCACCCAUUCGCCACGUCGGCGACCUCGGCAACAUUGAAGCCACUUCCGAUGGCGGUGUUACUAAGAUCUGCAUCACGGACUCUGCGAUUUCUCUGUGUGGCCCGAACAGCAUAGUGGGGCGCACGCUGGUGGUGCACGCGGACCCGGACGACAUGGGACAGGGCGGCCAUGAACUCAGCAAGACCACGGGCAACGCGGGCGCACGCAUCGCUUGCGGCGUUAUUGGUCUCGCGCAGGUCGCCGGUUAGACCCCUUGCUUUCCUCAUCCUGACUCGUCCAGCUGUCAGCAGUUGUAGUUCCUUGAGCUGGACAUUUAUGGACGGCUUCAAUUCAAUCAAAUGAUUCAAAUCAAGCAAUAUACAUUAAGGUUUAAAUUGUUCCUAAUUUUAAGUGAAAUUGUAAAUUCACCAAUAAAAUUAUAUAAUUAUUAUACACAACAAGAGUGGUGAAGCAAACUGGUGGUAAUGUCUGGUGGCCGGGUUUCACUUUAUUUUACUUAUAAAAAAUAAAAGAAUUUAUGCAAAUGUUUAGCUCAAUUAUUUAGAUUUCACUUAAGUCAAAUUCUAAAUAGUAUGAAGUGGCAUGUUAGCAAGCGCUUUACUGUAGAAUGAUUAACAAGAGGACUUCAUUCAUUAUUUCAGGAAAACCUUGACUGUUUGGCCAAAAUAUUGACAUGAACCCAAUUAAAGGUACGAAUGGUAUAUUUUGUCUUUCAAUGUUGCUUCGAUUUUGUUUUUACCUGAAUUGAAUUUUUAGGCAUUUUGAUAAUAUACUUAGUUGAUUUUCACUACAUAAGAAAGAUAGCAUUGGAAAUUAAUUACAAAAGCUGUUUGAAACAGAAUAAGUCCUUUUGAGAUAUAUAAGCAUUGCCUGUUAUUAUUUGAAGUACAUAUUAUUUAGAAAUCUGCAA